AAAAGAUCUUACCUAGAGAGCGAAGGAGAUCCAUUCCCUUGGGCUUGAAAGCGGCAAGAUCGCCGGCCGCCUCUGGAUUUUCCGCGAGGUCAGUCACUAGAUUCUGCAAAUGUUUGGCGCCUCCCGAUCGUCAUGCUUUCCAUUCCAACACUGGCAGCAGGGUUUUUUACUCGUUUGCAUUAUCGCGCUUAGUUUUCGCUAUUUACGAAUUUUCCGGGCUGUGUUUGUUUUCUGUGUAGCAAACCCCCACGGACCAAGCUACUCGGGCUAACUGUCGUUCCUUAGUGUUUUCCCUUUUCUUAGCUUUUUGUAUUUUCUGCAGGUCUCGGGCACAUUUUGAAGCCCAGCAAGAUGAGAAUCGUCGAGGUGCGCUGCGCCGUGUGUGACGCGUUGCGGCGCGUGCAAGUUCCCUGGGGUGAUGAAGCAGGAGAGCCGGACCCGCUGAGGAAGUGGGGGAGAUUCAAAUGCGGAGCGGCGAACCUGCUUUGUGCGGAGGGUCAGCGCAAUUCCUACGAUCGACUGAAGGCGCACCAGUUGAAACAGCUGCGAAACAUCUACAACGUCAACACAGAGUACAGCGCCGCUUUUUUGGCGGUGUCCUUGAAGACGAUGAAGCCGCGGGCGACUGAACGCCGCGACCCACCAAGGGACAAAAAGCAGCGUCGGGAAGAGCCCGGGCCAGCUGUAGCCCCUCCGGCUUCCCCGUCUGAGUUGGAGUUUCCGGGCACAUUCUUCCCGGGGAUGUCGACAAAAAAAGAGAGGGAGCUAAUGAAGGAAGAGGAAGCAAUCCGCGAGAAAGAACGGGAGAAGGAAGAGAAAAAAAGCAAGGAGAAGAGUGCGUCCCGUGAGGAAGUAAAGCGGACAACGUUCCUGAAUAUGGAGCCCGAUUGGGAUUGUCUUGGUUGUGAAUUUGGGUGCAUCGGUUGCGCGAGUCGUGCAACGAAGGAAAGCGCGGGGCCGACGGCCAUUAGCACCCACCCAAAAGCGGCGGCGCGAUCCCCGACGCGCAAGGGCGUCGCGGAGCAGAACCUCCGGAAAAAGAUCGCGCGGCUUUCCGGAUGUGAGGCAGCAGAAGAUGGCCCUGACUCGGAGCCGGAUGGCAAUCCGUCGGACUAUACGGGCGACCCCUCUGAAGAAAGCGAGGCCGAGUCGGUUAUUGAAUGGGAAGUCCAGCGAAAGCCUAGCAACAGGAUGAGACGCAGGCAGAAGCAAGCUGAAGAGAUUCGCGCCUUGCAGGCGGUUGUGAAUGACUCCAAGAGCCGCGUGACGCGCGCGAAUGUCUGGAGAUCGUUGAAAAAAGGCGGGGCGCUGAGCGAAACCUGCGAAAAGUGGGACCCGAAUGAAGACGCUCCGAAAAUGAGGGCGUUCGUCUCAAAGUUGAUGAAGGCGUACGAGGUCAUCAACCGGGAGAAAGGUGGCGAGCCGAAAGACAUGAGCGCCAUCCCGCGGAAGAAGCCACGACACACAAGCAACGCUACUGGACGACUGAAAAAAUUUGAGGGAGUUCUGCGCACGUGGGCUGACUGGAGAGUGUUGAAGCAGCGCCUUCGCAAGAAGUUAAACCUCCAGCCGGGCGACGGUCCAUCACUUGCCGGGAAGGUCGACUUCGCUAAUUGUGACGAGGUUGGUAUAUUGAAAGAAUACGCUCCGCAGGGAGGCUACCGAACGGAAUGGUUCGAGAAUGAUGCGGACAACUGGACCUUGCCCAGGGAUAACGUGGACGACAAGGGUAGCGCAUUAGUGUGGGCUUUCUCGAGUCCGGCCUUGCGAAUCCCUCCGACGGUAGUUGUCUCGCGUGACUACGUGACAGGACCCUCGCAGAGGAUAAAACAGCGCCGCAGGGUAUGCGAGCGGAGCAUUCGCAACUGGGGCAGGAUGGUCGUGAACCCGGAGAACAGUCGCAAGGGGACGGUUACGCAGCAAGUUUUCUGGGAUGAUGUUCAGCGAAUGGUCGAGCAUAAGGUUCACGUUAUUGGAAAGGAGAGGCCUCUCGUGCUUAUCUUCGACGACUGUUCGGUCCAUAAGUUCGCGAAUUCUGAAAUUUUAGAAAUGGAAAGGAGUGGCGUUUACUUGUUGCGUUUAUGGGGCGGCACAACCAGCUUGCUGCAGGUGAUCGACUGCAUGAAUUUAUGUCCUGGCAGCCUUCUACCGCUGUGCCUCUUCUCUAGUAGAGAAAUGCGACAGCAGUAGCAGCUUCCUGCCUUUAUACUUGAUCGGCGGCGCAAUCCAAGGCAAGGCGAGAGAAUUCGCGGAGGGAGAAGACAGCGAGCAACGCUUGACCACUUUCGAAAACAAGCGAGUUUGGGAAGCUUUGCGGGAUGAUGAGACGCGGCGGCCCUGGCAUCAGAUGCGAUACUUCGAGAUUUGUGGGUUUUCUCUGGAGCAUGAUGUGCCGACCUCUGUACACAUGGAGCUAUGGCGAUUUUUGGAGCUUACUCGGGAGAUGUUUCCGGAUCGUGUUCGAGAGUUGGAGCAGAGGUUUUUGCGCUUGUCUCAGCGAGGCGCGGACGAGUUCAAACUCCUGGAGCCUGAUGAAAUGCCAAAAAGAAACAGGAAGAAGAUGGCGGAAGACAGUGGGCCCCCCGAGGAAGCAGCGGGCGGCCGCGAGUCUAUGCGCGAGGAGAUCCGUGAAGUCGGUGCGCGUUGCGUCAGCGGAACACGGAGAGGAGAAGACGCGCCAGACACGGCGCCAAAAAGGCGGAAGGAGUAG